GCGACGCACAACAAGAAGCACUUGUCCCUUUAAACGAGUAGCUUGUGUUAUAAACAUUUUGUUCAGACACACAGGGCGGUUAGUGUUAUUUACAGGUAGACGGAUAGAUGUCUGACUCCCAAGAACAAACUAAAAAAGCUGUGGAGGAGCCUAAUACACCUGACCACGAGGCCGAGUCAGACGACAGCAGUGACGAGGGUGACGCUUCUGGAGAAACUGAAAUGGAUUUUUUGCGCAGUCUUUUCUCGCGAACUCUCGGCCUCAGCUCUGGGGAGAAAGUCCUUGAUGAAUUGAGCCUUGCCGGAGUUGCCCGUUAUAUCCAAAGUGGUAAAUGCAAGAAUGUUAUCUGUAUGGUGGGGGCAGGAAUAUCAACCUCGGCCGGCAUCCCUGACUUCCGCUCUCCUGGAACUGGCCUCUACUCCAACCUUCAGAAAUACAAUCUGCCGUACCCAGAGGCCAUCUUUCAGAUCGACUACUUCAAGAAACAUCCAGAACCGUUCUUUGCUUUGGCCAGAGAGCUCUACCCAGGACAGUUCAAGCCCACUGUUUGUCAUUACUUCAUAAGGAUGCUUAAGGAUAAAGGCCUUCUCAGACGCUGCUAUUCACAGAACAUUGAUACAUUAGAAAGAGUGGCAGGACUAGAAGGAGAGGACCUGAUUGAAGCCCACGGAACCUUUCACACAUCACACUGUGUGAGUUUCCUCUGUAGAAAGGAGUACACCAUGGAGUGGAUGAAAGAGAAGAUCUUUGCUGAAGACAUCCCUAAGUGUGAAUCCUGUGACAGUCUGGUCAAACCAGAUAUUGUGUUUUUUGGCGAGAAUCUUCCAGCUCGCUUCUUCGGCUCAAUAAAAAAGGAUUUUCCUCAGUGUGAUCUUCUUAUCAUAAUGGGCACGUCACUGCAGGUUCAACCUUUUGCAUCUCUUGUCAGCAGAGUUCCCAAUAGCUGCCCUCGGCUCCUCAUCAAUAUGGAGAAGGCAGGACAGUCAGAUUUUCCAAUGGGCUUGCUGGGAUUUGGCGGUGGAAUGGAUUUUGAUUCAGAUAAAGCCUACAGGGAUGUUGCACAUUUGAGUACGUGCGAUGAUGGUUGCUUAGCUUUAGCAGAGCUGCUGGGUUGGAAGGCUGAGCUAGAGGAGCUGGUGAAGCGUAAACACGCUCUUAUCGAUAGCAAGGAUCUGAAAAAGAAGCCCGAGCAGGAGAGUCAGAGCUCUUCAGCCUCAGAGAAAGACGUCAAAAACACAGACACUGAGAAGACAAAGUAAUCAGUCAGACUGAGAAAAUAAUAGACAGUCCCUGUUUAAUAGUUUGAACCCAAGUCUUUGAUUCUUAUAGACUACUGUCCAUCAUCUCUCUGUCACUUUGAAAUUUCUCUUGUACUAGAAAUAUACUGUCCAGCCGGCAUAAACUUUCACUCCUCCUUGGAUUUUACAUGGCAGUUUAGGAAAACUAGGCCCAGAGCAGCCACAGUCAUCACGUAUGCUAUGAACUGUACACAUUGAGAUGACCGGGACACCAUCGUUCAUGCUUGCCUGAUUCACUGCAAUCCUAAAAUGCUUUUCAACCAUUCACCAUAUUUUUAUUUGAGAAUUAGUUUGCUGUGCUUUUCCUAAUGAAACAGUGUUAUACAGUACACUAUGUGCAGGAGGCUGUUUACUAUCUUCGACAGAUGAGCUUAUUGCUUUAUUUUACGGAAGGUAGCAGAGCUAUAUGUUAAUUCAGUUUUAUUUGACUUAUUUCAUGCUUUAUUUUUUAAAUAUUUAAUGUUUAAAAUAUCUUGAAACUUAAUGCACAAAAUCUUCUGGACAGCCUUACAAAGGCAAAAGGCUGUAACCUAAUAUAACAAAGAAAACGAUUCAUAAAAAAAAAAAAAACAUGCAUGUCCAGUUAAAUAAAUAGCUAGAUAAUGUGAAAGAGGACAGAAUACUGGGAAGUUACUUACUUUAAAUUUGACCAAACUGAAUGAUGCCUUUUGCCAUAGUAGGGCAUUGUUUUCCCUUUAUGGCUCUUUUUGGCUACUUUUUCUUUUAAGUAUUUCUAUUAACAAAUUGAGUUAUCUAUAAUAAUAAAAAUAAUGUUUCAUUUAAAUUUGCUUACUUUCCAGGGGAGUUUUGUGUAUGCUAGUAUUGGCGUGUUUGCUGUCUGUGACAUGAUUUUGCAAGAAAAGCUUCCUUUAUAUUUCAAAGAAAUUGCUGUAAUGUCUCAAAUCAUAUGUUAAAAAACCAGCAAGAAAAGAAAAUAAAUACUACAGAAA